UGUAAACAUUCUUACAUUUUAAUGUGUAUUGCAUGAGUUUGUGUACAAUAUUUAUGCAAUAGAGUAAAAUAACUGUAAACGAAAAUUCAGUGUCAGCUACAUGUACGUGAAGGUUUUUCAUAAAAAGAAAAAAUGCCGAAAUCAUCGAAGGAUAGGAAGUCUGGAAGAACAAAUAGUGAUGAAAUAAAAGCUACCAAUGAAUCUAGUUUUAAAAAUGUGCAGGGGAAACCAGAACCAAAAUAUGAGGACGAAAAAGACCCUACUACUUUAACAUUAUGGAAGAAAGCAAAGAUCAGAAAUGCAGCGGUUCAAGCUAUAACUAAAAGAAACGAAAUGACAGAUACAAAUAGAAAACGGCAAAAUGAAAAGGUACAAAUGCAUUCAUCUGGAUCGCGUGAAAAAAUGCAGCAGCAGAAGCCACGUACACAACGUGACAGAAGAGACAGACGAUCUAAAAACGUUACAGAUAAUGCAAAACAAGCAGAACUAAAACAUAUCAAUGGGUUGUCACAGAUGUCGUCUGAUAAAUUCCCGCCACAACCUAACACUACGCAGCGCGUGGUAUACUUUCAAAAUCGAUUUAUCAUUCUUGAUUCAGCUGAUCAUCAUACAGGGCCAUCUAAUUCGACAAUUAACGAACAUAAUAAUGACAAUGAUACUAGUGGAAUAAAAUCAAGCAAAAUGGAUGCUAUGGAAACAUCAUUUUCAAAAAUAAACAGCACGACAGACUCAAAAAAUAAAACCAAUAGGAAAGAAAUUGAAAUGGAUGCUACUUCAGUGACAAUGGAUGCUCGAGGCAUUGAUAUCAUUUUAACAGAUCCUGAUAAUAGUUCAAAACAAAUAAAAAAUAUGGAUAGUUUUAAUACUGACGAGGCGAAAGAACGAAAUACAAUUUGGAGAAAAAUAAACCGCGUUCUAUUAGAUGAUAGAGUUAAAGCCAGCAAUGGUCAAAUUGUUCUAGAAAACAGAAAUCCAGAGGAAUAUAGGAUUUUAAAGAAAGUGCUGAAUAUAUUGUUUUUGACAAUUGGAAUAACGUUGUUUGUUUCUGUGAUUAUUGUGGUGAUAUAUGCUUUCAUCGUUGGAGAUGAAAAGACUGACACUGAUCUAUUUAUAACGACCACUACUGUUCCUCCUUGAAAGCAGCCAAUCGGUUAUCUUAGGUACUUAUCAUUCAAGAGACUUGAAGGUGAUUGGAAUACAGAAAUUCACAACCAAGAUGUGACAGGAUGAUGGACUGAACGACAGAUGUGCAAUCACAUUUGUAUGUUUGUUACAUCUCUCACGAAACAGGAAUUCAAUUUGGAAUAUUUAGUAAAUUUGUAUUUUAACAUUCAUAUCUAAUCAUGUAUCUUUUUGAACUUAUCGGUGAGAUAUUACUUAUCCAAGUUUAUAUCGUUUGAUCACAAGCCCAGUAGUCAGUACUUUGUGUGCUGACACGAAUUGUCCUUGAUAUGGUUAUAUUUAUAAAUUUACUGUUUACAAAUUUUUGAAUUUUUUGAAAUUCUACGGCUUUUCUACCUUAGGCUAAGAUUACCUUAGCUGUAUUUGGCAAAACGUUUAGGAAUUUUGGUCCUCAAUGCUAUUCAACUUCUUACUUUAUUUGGCAUUUUUAUUUUUUUUGGGAUUUGAGCGUCACUGGUGAGUCUUUUGUCCUAAAUUUAGUCCUGGUAUCUAUGAUGAGUUAAUUGAUACAAAAUUGUUUUCCAACAUAUGAUUCUUCUAAACGCAGUUUCUACUAUUUUUAUAACCAUCAGUAAUUUUGAAUAUCUUAAUUGCACAAAUACAGCUGACAGUUGUAUAACUGUUGUUGAAUAACAUUAUAACAUCAUAUUUUCAUAUAUAAAGUUAUCUUUUUCAUCAAUAAUGAUUAACUAGGGCAGCUAUCCAUAACACAUUCCCAAUGGAACAUUGUUGCAUCAUUUCUUUAAUAUAAAACAAGAUGUGUGCAAACAAAAGGCUAUACAUGUAUGUGAUUAAAUAUAAGCAUAAGGUAUUUCAAUUACAUGACAAUAAGUUAUAACCCUUUUAUGAUUAAACUUUGUUAAAUUUUAAGCUUUUAAAUGAAUUCAAAACCGUUUCAGUCAUUAGAACUUAAUGUUGGUUUGUAUAGAUAUACGGGAUUAAUAUACUGUUCCUUGUCUUAUUCCAUCUGUGAUGACAAUAAUGUACAGCUCAUGCAGUAAACUCGGAAAAUCUAUACCAAAAUAUUAAAAUAACAAAAACAAAGUAAAAGGGAAAUUUUAAAAGUCCUUUAUCGAAUGGCAAAAUCAAAAGCUCAAAUACAUCAAACGAAAGUAAAACAAAUGUCACAAUCAUGACUUAACAAGGCAUUUCCUUAUAUACAACGUUAGUUUAAAAGAAAUAUAUUUUCAUUGUAUAACUACAGUUCCAUUGCAUGCGGUAUCUACUUAAAACCAAUACUGAUCUUUUUAUCAUUUGUUACGUAUAUCAAUUCAAUUAAAGAUAGCAUGUCAUUAUAUAAUUAUUCUCAGACACAUCUUUAAUUAUGUACACACAGAUUUUCAUGUAACAUGCAAGAAAGUCAAGCUUUCAAUAGAAUUCAUUACUGGUUCACGCAGGAAACAGAAACUUACUCUUUUAUUAUGCUAUGCCCAUUUAAUUAAAAAAAAAUGAAAUUGCUUAUGAAAACAUUUUUGAAUUCAUUUGUUGGUCCUACUUCUAACUUUAUUUUGCUUUUUUAACUUAAUUCGUGUGUCAUUUUUUAGUCAUUUAUAGACAAAACGCGCGUGACGCGUACGACAAUUUGAUACCUUAAUGCGUUAAUAAUGUAACAUUGUUUUAGAAUUGUGAUUUUCAUUUUCCUUUGAUUAUAUUCCUAUGUUGUUUUGAUUACAAAACAGUAACAAGCCCAGUCACAGAAGUUUGAUAGUUCAUCAUGUUUAUUGGCUUAGACAGGUUUAAUAUGCUUACAGUCGUCUAUAGUUAACCUUUUGUUUAGCAUAAUUCAAAUUAAGUAAAUACAACGAUUUAAAGAGUUAGAUCACGGUUAUGAGGGGCUACACCUAAUUGUAUUGGCAAAAAUGCUUUAAUAAUUAUCAUUAGAAUGUUCUAAGUAUUACAUAUUUGUUUUGUUUUAUUCAAAUAUAAAUGGGUUUUUAUCAAAGGAAUUGAGAGAACCGCUUUUUACACAGGCAUUACCUAUUUGAAGAGUUACCUUCAGUUCCGUUAACCUUUUCAGAUUGACCUUCUUUUAUUUAAAGAGUUAUUUUCUUAAUCUUGUUUUAUCCUCUUAUAUAAAUGUCAGAUCAAAAGAAUAAGAUUUGAGAAAACUCAUAAUGUAUUCUUUAUAAUUACAAAAAGUAUGAAAAGCAAAAUCAAUGAAAUGAUUGUAUUGAGUUCUAUUUGUAAAACAAUCAAAACUAUGAUUAUGAGUAUUCAUUGACAUUAUUUGACUUAGUUGACCACAAAUUGAUUUGUAUAUCAUUUUAACAUAGAUAACCCAGAGGCGGAUUUAGGGGAGGGGGUAGGGGGCCGGGUUGCUUAUAUAGAUAAUCUAAAUUUUGACAGGAGCGGGCCCCCUCUUAGACAGUCAGUGGGCUCCCACUUAUGAAAAUUUCUGUAUCCGCCAUUGUAACAAGGUGUUGUUGGUACUCAUACAUUCUUGACUGUCAAUAUUGUAGCUAUAAGCCUUUUGGUGAAUGUAUACCAAGACAAGCGGUUCGGACAUAUUGACUUAAACAUUGAUAUUUUCAGGUUGUUGAUAAUUUAAUAGGAAAACCAAUAUAAAGUAGAAGUGUUGAUUAAUCUUAUAAUAUAUUUUACUUAAAUUUGCAGUCGACAUAUUGUUUUGAUGAAAUUGGAUAUGAAUAAGAGCCAUAAUCAAAACAUUCCGAAGGUCGUGCAAAGUACUUUUAGUAUAAUACACCUUGUAUCGUAUGUUUUGGUUAAAUCUACCUCAUUUGUGAAAAUCAAUAUUACGGUCUCAAAAUAAGCUAUAUUGAAAGCUUACUGAUGGCAUCGUUUUCACUAAAUGCACAAAUGUAUCAGAACAAAAACCAAAAAAAUGUAAUACUGAUGUCUGAUUAACUAAUGUAUUUUUUCAAUAAAUAAAAGAUGCUUAUGAAUUAUUACUCAAUGGAUUUUUUUUUUUUUAUCUUAUUACAUUUUAGAACAUUCUCUCUUAAUAAGAAACAAUG